CCGUCCGUACGACAAACGUAGCCUGUACGUGUGAAGUAAAAAUGACGAAUGCACACAUUUAAACCGAGUUUUUACUACAGAUUUCCUCUGUUCUUUUAACACGUGUGAUGUCCGAACCAGUGGUUUAAGUUAAGUUUCAUCUGGAAAUUUUGACCAAGUUUAUAUCUGGCCCGGAUGGGUUCGUCUAAGAAACAUAAAGACCGCGAAAAGGAUGAGAAACGACACAAGCACAAACGCGACAAAGACAAGGACAGGGAUCGCGACGAGCGUAGCAAAGAGAGUAGCCGGGACCACCGCGAGAAAAAGCGGCACAAGCACCGCCACCGGCGGUCUCGAUCGCGGUCACCUAGGGACGAACGAGGAGGGGAUGCUGACAAACGGGACCGACACGAGAGGAAGAAGAAACACAAGCGUGACAGACGAGACAGAAGUUCCAGCGAUGAGGCAGGCCUUGUGCCCGACACUUUUGAGAAUGAGGUGUUUCAGUUGGUCAAGGAAGAAAUAGCUUGGGAAUCGAAGAAAACUGCAUCAUCAACCGACGCUGGUGCUGCUGGUGGAAAUGUAAAGGCAGAAAAAGAUGCAGUUUCCGUUGGGGACGCUACUGGUGGGGGCGGUCAUGUUGAGUCCCUCAGCAUUGGAGAAACAAACAAAAUUCGAGCCAAGCUCGGACUACCCCCCUUGAAGGUGGAAGGAAACACCAGCCAGCCAGCCGGGGAAGGCGGGGAUGCAGCAAAGAAAGAGGGAGGAGACGUCCACAAGCCAGCCACCAACCUUGGGGAGAAGAGGAAAGCAGAGGAGAUGAAGGCCAAGCUGGCUCUCAUCAAGGAAAAACGCAAGAUCAACCAGAAGCUGCAGAAAGUCAAGAAGUUAGCAGACCAAGAAGAUGAUCUGGAUGACGUGACGGCCUGGGUGGAGCGGAGCCGGAAGAACCAAUUGGAAAGGGACAUGGCAGCCAAGCGAGCUCGGAUGUUGGAGGAGAUGGAUGAAGAGUUUGGGAUCGGCGCCCUGGUGGAGAACGAGUUUGCCCCCAAGAAAGACGAUGUUUACAGCUCCAAAGACAUCCAUGACUUGAAGGUCUUACAUUCAGUCAGCGCCUUCAAAGAAGGCAAAAAUGUCAUCCUAACUCUAAAAGAUGCAGAUGUCCUGGCAGAGGAUGAAGACGAGUUGAUGAACGUCAACAUUUUGGACGAUGAGAAGGCAGCCAAGAAUGUGGAACUCAGGAAGAAGAAAAAAGACUACAGGCCUUACGAGGAUGACACCUUCGAUGAAUAUGGGAUGUUGAAGCAACGCGACGUCUUGACCAAGUAUGAUGAGGAGAUCGAGGGCCCCAAAGUGGAAUCCUUUCGGCUCGGUGGCUCAAUCUCGGCCUAUGACGAUGAGGAAAAGCGACUGGAGAGAAUACGAGAAAGCCUGAAAGCUCAGGCGUCUCGUAUGCCUUUGUGGGAGUUUUCAUUACGAAAGGGACGACAGUGCCAACCCUCAUGUGGGGGAAGAAGGAGGCAGCGUCCAGCGGAAGAUUCCAUUAUGGAUAAUGGGGAGACAGUUUUGACAGAGGGACAAGGAGAUGAAGAGCCUAUGGAUAUGGACGUGGACCUACCAGAUAUAGAACAGUCUGAAAUCAUGGGGCCAGAUGAAGAUGACGAAUUAUACGGCGGCCCGCCGGUCGAAGAUGAAGCAGAACAAGAACUACAGAUGGUUUUGUCCAAGGCACGUAAACUCAAACAGAAGAAGAGCAAGACGCAGGCCAAAGUGGAAGAGAAGAUUGCCAAGGAGGUGUCCAAGAUCAAACAGGAACCUGCGGACACAGACUCAACAGCACCCUCAGAGUUGCCCCUCCUAGACCCGUCAGGGCCCACAGCCUGCAAAGGGAUCAAUAUCACACUGAAUUCAACAUCCGAGUUCUGCCGCACGCUCGGGGAGAUCCCUACCUACGGCUUGGCGGGCAAUCGGGAGGAGGAUGAGGAAGAGCUUCUUGACUUUGAGAGGGACACACUGGAGAUGGAAAACCUUGGAGGUGAUGCUGGGAAAGAGGGCUGGAGCACCGUCAACCUGGAGCAGGAGGGGAUCACCUAUACUGGGGAUGUGGCAGGACCGGUUCUGGAGGAGGAGCCUACCGUCCAGACAGGCAUCGCCGGUGCCCUGAAUCUGGCCGUUAAGAAGGGUUACAUAGAGACGGAGUUCAUCAAGGCCCCCCUCAAGUCCAAGAAGGGGGAGGACUUGGAGGCCAAAAACUUCACUGUUGAGGACAAGAACUACAAUGAUAUUGAUGCUAAAUACAACAAGCACGACCGGUACCGAGGGCCUCUGGCAGAUUUCAAGGAAAAGGACAGCUACAAACCGGACGUCCAGCUGAAAUAUGUGGAUGAUAAGGGGCGGGAAAUCAACCAGAAGGAGGCAUUCCGCAUCCUGUCUCACCGUUUCCACGGCAAGGGAUCAGGGAAGAUGAAGACGGACAAACGGGCCAAGAAGCAGAUGGAGAUAGAGGCCAUGAAGAAGAUGUCCUCCACGGAUACUCCCCUGAACACGGUGGCCAUGAUGAAACAGAAACAACAGCAGACCCAAUCCCCGUACAUUUUACUCAGUGGUGGAUCCAAGAGCCUCACAGCAAACACAUUAGCAAAGUAGGACUGUUCCUCAGAUGUGCAAGACCUCGAUCUCAUCCAUACGUACUCAGCCAUAGCAGGCCAACGUCGUGUGUCAAGGAAUGGAGCCAUUGAAAGUUCUGGCAUUUGAGGAUAGGAUGAAUUUCUGUCUGAACAAUUCUCAAGCAUUGAUAAUUGGUUCAUCGUGUGCUGUCGUAUGGCAUUAACUCAGACAGGGUGAAACGUUAAAAACUGUAAGAUAGCUUUUGUUACUUUUCAACAUUGCUUUUACCCAUCAUGCAAAUUAUUUGAAGGGGAAAUUCUGGGACGAAAGUUUUGGAAGACGCAUUUUCACUAUAAAAUGAGUUUAAACUUGAAAGAUUCAAACAUAUUUUUUAAAUACAGUAGUUGUCCUUUGGAUUUUAAAAUAUUUACAAAAAUAGAGUCGCUCC